AUGACUGCUGAACUCCCACCCCUGCUAAAGGAGUCGAGAAAUAAAACUCAAGUCUCCUACAGGAGGCUAGGAGCCAGUGGGCUUUGGGUCUCCGUCCCUAUCCUUGGUGGUAUGAGUAUAGGCUCAUCAAAAUUUGGAUCAUGGAUUCUUGAGGAAGCGAAGGCACUUCCAUUGUUAAAAGCCGCAUUUGACCGUGGACUCAAUACCUGGGAUACAUCGAACAACUAUUCCAACGGCAAAUCCGAAGAAAUCAUUGGCAAGGCGAUAAAACAAUACAAUAUUCCUCGGCAUAAACUUGUCAUCUUGACAAAAUGCUGGGCACCUGUGAGCGAGCACGAGGAUACGUACGUUGUCCCAUUCGUGGAGGAAAUGCGAAAGGACAAGGAAUACGUCAACCAGUUUGGUCUUUCCCGCCAAGCCAUCUUCAAUGCUGUCGAUGCUUCGCUAAAGCGUCUAGGCCUGGAGUAUAUCGACGUCUUCCAGAUCCACCGCUUUGAUCCAUACACGCCCAUCGAGGAAACUAUGGAAGCUCUGCAUGACCUCGUUCGUAGUGGUAAAGUCCGCUACAUCGGGGCCAGCUCUAUGAGGGCCGUUCAGUUUGCGAUGAUGCAGGCCUGUGCUGAGAAACACAGUUGGACCAAGUUCAUCUCCAUGCAGAACCAGUACAGUCUGACAUAUCGAGAGGAAGAGAGGGAGAUGAACCGCUUUUGCAAUGAGACAGGAGUUGGUCUUAUCCCAUGGAGCCCUCUCGAUGCUGGUCGACUCGCACGCCCUCUACGGCAAGUUGGUACAACUGACCGUUUGGGGACCACAGGUCCCGCCGACAUCCCCAAUGCAGAUGCAAAGAUCAUCAAUCGAGUCGAAGAGGUAGCCAAGAAGAAGAACUGGACUAUGAGUCAAGUGGCCCUAGCUUGGGUCAGCCACCGUGUUGCAAGCCCCAUAGUCGGCUUUAGUUCGGUGGAAAGAAUCGAUGAAGCUCUAGGAUGUGGGCAUAAAAUUCUAACAGUCGAGGAGGAGGCUUGUCUUGAAGAGCCGUAUGUACCAAAGGCUGUUAGUGGUCAUGAUUAA